AUGAAGUCUGUAUACUUAAUUAUUGCGGUAUUGUUUGUUUCGAUAUGUGUAGUUUUUGCACAAGAUCCUUCCUCUAUUGUUGCCACUACACCUGUUGCAGCCACAUCCGAGGCUGCUGCCACUCCAAUUGCAACGACAGAACCCCCGGUUGCCGUGACUACAACAGUUGCGGAAACAACUACAGCUGCUGCUGUUACUACAACAGUUGCUGUCACUAGCACUACAGAUGCUGCAACUGCUUCUCCUUCGACUACUGCCAUAGCCGGUGAUUGUUUGUCUGCUGAUGCUUUUUCCACCACCGAUUACUUUCCCAAUAAGCUUGAUUUGACUAAACUUGAUGCCUCUGCUCAAUUUAGCGUGACAUAUUCAAAUACUUAUAAACUGGUACAUAAUAUCGCAUUAGAUGAAUACUAUGUUCUUUACUGUACAAAGGCACAACCUGAUGUUGGAAAGACUUUCCAAUCCAAGACUUUUAUUCAAAUCCCCGUCACUUCCUUUGCCGCAAUUGACACAAGAGCUCUUGGCUAUCUUGAUGUACAGUAA